ACACUCCACACUCUCUGACAAAAAAAGAAAGCCGGCAGCCCCUCAAUCUUCCUCCUUUCUCGCUAUUCUUCGUUUCUUCUUCUCUUCUUCCCCUCGCUUUCUCGCUCCUCUCUCUCUCUCUCAUUAACUGCAAUCUCACUGCGGCUGGCCGCUUACUUCUCUCUUCCACCUUCGGACCCCGCAUCCGGGCAUCCAAGAUCAACCCUCGAUUUUGCUCUCGCUUCAACUUCAAUUUGAUAGAAUUCGUCACCAUGUUUGGCAUCAUUGCGGAUCUCUGUUCCUCCGUCUUGACGAUCCUCUUCCCGAUUUUCGCCUCGUACAAAGCCCUCCGCUCGUCGGAUCCAUACCAACUAGCGCCAUGGUUAAUGUAUUGGGUAGUUCUCUCAGCCGUUCUGCUGGCUGAGUCCUGGACGGUUUUUAUCCUCGGAUGGUUUCCUUUUUAUAGCUGGAUCCGACUUUUCUUUUUAACCUAUCUUGUUCUCCCACAGACGCAAGGCGCCCGGAUCCUCUACCAGAACUACGUGGAUCCGUUCCUGGCACAGCAUGAACGCGAGAUUGAGGAGUUCAUCGGCAGCAGCCACGAGCGUGCCAAAGCGCUUGGUCUCCAGUAUUUUUAUCAGGCCAUCGAUUGGGUCCGCGAGCGUGUCCUGGGCCUGCCUCCCCCGCGUCCGGCACCUUCUCCGCCCACCGGCGCCGCAUCGUACGCCCAGUCGCUUCUCUCACGAUUCAACCUCCCAACUGCCGUGGGCGGGACCAGCCCUGCCCCGGCAAACGAUUGGUACUCGGCCAUCAGUUCCGCCGUGACCGCUGUCACGUCCUCCACACAGAGCCGGGAAACACGGGCGGAGGAGCUUUCUGCGAGUGGGACCCUGCUUCCCCGAGAAAUGGCCAGAAUGUCGCGUGCAGAGAAGGCGCAGUUCCUCUCCAGCCAGCGGGAUAUGAUUGAGGUGCUCCGGGACGCUCUCAUGAAGGAGGAGCGGAAUCUCGACACCCCAGAAACCGAGGACGACCUGGCGUAUGGCUCGGGGCUGAGGAAGAACGGCAGCGACAACUCAUUUGACCACAUUGAACACGAGGAUACGCGGGACCGCUCUCCUUCGCGCCGGGGUGGGGACGACUGGGGGUCUGGGUGGUUUGGCAGCGGAGAGCCGGCGGCGGCCUCCGGGGUGGAAUUUGCGGCGGGGACAUUAAGCACUCGUCGGGGGUAAGGACGAGAGAGGCUUGUGAGUUUGUGUCUGUGGUCAGAGAAUCCAACCCUUUUUAAGCCGUUUAGUAUCCACGUCAGGGCAGUUAAAAAAAAAAAUCUUAUCGUGGAUCUUCUUUAUCAUUCGAUUCAGUAUCUAUCUUCUUGGGAGGGAUCCUUCGAGUGAGGAUCUUAAUAUAUUUAGGGAUUUCAAUCAUUACCCUAGGGUACUACUACAUCUCUCUCUCUCUCUCUCUCUUCUACUAACUUGGAGUGGAGGUAGACGGUAUUUAUCAGGAUAAUACAUGUAACUACAGUACGGUAUGUGACUAACGUGGCGAAUCUUCCGUGCAGGAUCUGGAAGGCUGAAUUCAAUACCUG